GGGGGAGAGCGGUCCUCUUUUGCGUUGCCUUCUCGUCGCUCGGUCCCUUCGCCUGGGAUCCCGCCGUCAUUGUCAGCGCCGCCAUGAAGACUCUCCGGCUUUUGUCUCCUCUCCUCUGUUUGCUCGUGCUCGGCCGGGCCUGCGUAGCCGCCGAUGCCGACAUCGAGGAAGACGAAGGCGUGCUGGUGCUCAAGACAGCCAACUUUGACAAGGGGCUGGAGCAGCACCCGAAUAUCCUGGUGGAGUUUUAUGCACCUUGGUGUGGUCACUGUAAAGCUCUAGCACCUGAAUAUGUGAAGGCAGCAGCAAAACUAAAAUCUGAAAACUCAGAAAUCAGGCUGGCUAAGGUAGAUGCCACAGAAGAGUCAGAACUUGCCCAACAGUUUGGUGUUCGAGGCUACCCUACUAUCAAAUUCUUCAGAAAUGGAGAUAAAUCUUCUCCUAAAGAGUAUACAGCUGGCAGGGAAGCAGAUGACAUUGUGAACUGGUUGAAGAAACGCACAGGCCCAGCAGCCACUACCCUGAAAGAUGUAGCUGCUGCCGAGGAUCUAGUGGAGUCCAGUGAAGUUGCUGUGAUUGGGUUCUUUAAGGAUGCAGAAUCUGAUGCUGCCAAACAAUUCAUGUUGGCAGCCGAGUCCAUUGAUGACAUUCCUUUUGGGAUCACUGCCAGCAAAGAUGUCUUUGCCAAAUACCAGCUCAGCAAAGAUGGUGUUGCCCUGUUUAAGAAGUUUGAUGAAGGCCGUAACAACUUUGAAGGGGAGAUAACGCAAGAGAAUCUGCUGAGCUUCAUCAAAGCGAACCAGCUGCCCUUAGUGAUUGAAUUUACUGAACAGACGGCACCCAAAAUCUUUGGAGGAGAGAUCAAGACCCACAUUCUAUUGUUUCUGCCCAAGAGUGUUACAGAUUACCAGGGAAAACUGGAUAACUUCAAAAAGGCAGCUGAGAGCUUCAAAGGAAAGAUCUUGUUCAUCUUCAUCGACAGUGAUCACACUGACAACCAGAGGAUCUUGGAGUUCUUUGGCCUCAAGAAAGAAGAAUGCCCUGCUAUACGCCUCAUUACUCUAGAGGAAGAAAUGACCAAAUACAAGCCAGAGUCGGAUGAGUUGACUCCAGAGAACAUCAAGGACUUCUGCAACAAGUUCCUGGAGGGCAAAGUUAAGCCUCAUCUGAUGAGCCAAGAGAUUUCUGAUGACUGGGACAAACAACCUGUCAAAGUUCUAGUUGGGAAGAAUUUUGAAGAAGUGGCAUUUGAUGAGACUAAGAAUGUAUUUGUGGAAUUCUAUGCUCCCUGGUGUGGCCACUGCAAACAGCUGGCUCCCAUCUGGGAUAAGCUAGGAGAGACUUAUAAGGACCAUGAAAACAUCGUCAUUGCCAAGAUGGAUUCAACAGCCAAUGAAGUUGAGACAGUAAAGGUCCACAGCUUCCCUACCCUCAAGUUUUUCCCUGCAGGCCCUGGCAGAACGGUUGUCGACUAUAAUGGUGAGAGGACGCUGGAAGGCUUUAAGAAGUUCCUAGAAAGUGGUGGAAAAGAUGGUGGUGUUGAUGAAGAGGAUCUGGAAGAUCUAGAGGACAUGGAGGAACCAGAUGCUGAAGGGGAGGAGGAGGAGGAAGAUAUUAAAGGUCAAAAAGAUGAACUGUAAAGACAUGUCUAAUCUGCAUAUCCCCAGACACUACGCACUGGCUGCCUGUUCAUGCAGUCAAGCUAGUCCAGCAAACAAACUUUGACGGGAAGAUGAAUACUGGCUGAGAGUGCAGGAAUGGUCUAAAGUAAUCCUUCAUCCUAACCUGUUUGUCAACUGCUUCUUCUAGUUUAUUUUCUGUUUUGAACAGGGAUCUGACUAGGUCCUGCUGGGUCUUUUUUUCCCCUCCUCCACAUACACACUGUGAUGUACAUUUUCUUUCUUUUGAGUGUUCUGUGAUCUGGGUAGAAGCAGAUUGAAAUGGCAACAUGUCCCAUUGCCUAACUCACUUUGGAGUCUCACCAGUAACGCCUCCUUCCAGCUUAGUCACACUUGUCUAAAUGUCAUGAGCUGCUGUUGGCCCAGCAGGGUCUUGGUUACUGUCUCAGCUGUCCUCAUUGUUUGGGUCACUCCAGUAUGGAGGAAAACCACGAGGCUGACCAUAGUGGAGCCAGUGGAAAGUGGGAAUUGGUGGGGUUGGAUAGAUCCUCUUAACUCAUUGUAUAGUCUUGCUUCCCCUUUAAGCUGAAUGAUACGUAUCUCUCUCUUCCAAAGAUCUUGAGGGGCAGAAGACUUUCACUGAGGAAGGAGGAUGCAUUUGCUCCCUCCCUCGAGGCAAAACCUAACUCACCUUGCCUGCCUCUGAACAAACAUAAGACUUGCUCUCUACGCAUUGCUUCGUGAAUGGGUUUCCUGGGUAUUUGCAGAGCCAUUUGGAAAGGGGACUGCUAGAAUACAAGAAAAAAGACUCAGUAGCUAAGAGGGCUUUUUUGUGGGGGUACUUGAGAGCAAACGAGUGCUUUGGGGGAGGGGGGUAUAUUUCAGCCAAAUUGGAAUUUAGUUCUGAGCAUCCAUGAUGCUGAAAGGAAUGGAACUCAUUGGCCAAAUAAAAGUUGAUUUUAAUACUA